AUGAAUGUUGGAUUUGAUCACCAAAUAUCGGGUGAUAACUAUGAGUUGAACACUUUCCAAAAAGAGUUUAAUGAUGAAGAUUAUUCAUUUGGUGAUGAAAGUGAAGCUGAAGAUUAUGAAAUUCCUCCAGAUUCUCAAAGAAGAAAAAUCGAAGUUGGUCUAUUGAAUGGUAAUUUGAUCUUAGAUUGUCCUGUGCCUGAUAGGAUUUUGGAUAGGUAUGAUGGGAAAAUAAUGGAUGAUUCAAGAGAGUUUAAAUUUAUGAGAUAUCAAGCUGCAACUUGUGAUCCGAGAGAUUUUUCAAAUGAUAAUUUCAGUUUAAGACAACGUUAUUACAAAAGACCAAGAGAAAUUGAAAUUAUGGUUGUUGUGACACUUUAUAAUGAAUCUGAUGUAUUAUUGGCUAGAACUUUGAAAGGUGUUUUCGAUAAUAUUAAACAUCUUGAAGGAAGAAAUAGAUCACACACUUGGGGUCAAGAUUCUUGGAAAAAAGUUGUUGUGUGUAUUGUGGCUGAUGGUCGUUCCAAGAUUAAUGAAAGAGCACAGGCUUUAUUAGCAGGUCUUGGUGUCUAUCAAGAAGGUUUUGCAAGAAAUGCAGUUAAUGAUAAAAAAGUUGUUAGUCAUAUCUAUGAAUAUAGUUCCAUGAUUGGUGUUUCCUCUGUGGAGAAAGAUACAGUGAAGCUAACAACUGGAGCAGUGCCAGUACAAUUGUUAUUCUGCUUGAAGGAAGAGAAUAAGAAAAAAAUCAAUUCUCAUAGAUGGGCUCUUGAGGCAUUUGGUAAAGUUUUAAACCCAAAUGUUGUUGUUUUGUUAGAUGCUGGUACCCAACCUUCAAAAGAUUCAAUUUAUCAUUUAUGGAAAGAAUUUGAUAAAGAUCCAGCAGUUGCAGGAACUUGUGGUGAAAUUAAGGCUAUGUUGGGAUCCAAAUAUGAAAAAUUAAUCAACCCAUUAGUUGCUGCUCAAAAUUUUGAAUAUAAAAUGUCCAACAUAUUGGAUAAACCCAUGGAGUCUUCUUUUGGGUUUAUUUCAGUCUUACCUGGUGCAUUCUCUGCUUAUCGUUACACUGCAUUACUAAAUCAACCAGAUGGUGAUGGUCCAUUAGCUAAAUAUUUUGAAGGUGAGACAUUACAUGAUAAACAAGCUGGUGUUUUCAAAGCAAACAUGUAUCUUGCUGAAGAUCGUAUCUUAUGUUUUGAAUUAGUUGCAAAGAAAAAUUGUUCUUGGAUCUUGAGAUAUUGCAGAAGUGCAUCUGCAGAAACUGAUGUUCCUGAAGAAGUUCAUGAUUUUGUUUCUCAAAGAAGACGUUGGUUAAACGGGUCUUUCUUCGCUGCUAUCUAUUCAAUUGUUCAUUUUCACAAACUUAUGUCAAGUUCCCAUUCUUUUGGAAGAAAAACUGCUUUGAUCAUUGAGUUUUUUUAUCAAUUUCUUUCUCUGUUGAUUUCGUGGUUCUCUUUAGCAUCUUUUUUUUUGGUUUUCAGAAUUUUGACAACUUCACUUGGUGAUCUUUAUGAACCAUGCAAAUAUCUAUCGGUUGUGUUUUUAUGGCUAUAUUUGUUGUCUGUUGUCACAACUUUUGUCUUAUCAUUUGGUAACACACCGAGGGGUACACCAAAGUUCUAUUUGAUUAUUAUUAUUUUCUUUGCUGUACUUAUGGCUUAUAUGAUCGCUGCUGCAAUUAUCAUGUCUGUUAAUGCUAUAAAAGAGGUUGUUUCUGGUGGAAAAAUAACGGCAAAAGUGGUGUUUGAGAAUAGAACUUUUAGAGAUUUAAUUAUCUCAAGUUUAUCGACUUAUGCAUUAUAUUUUGUUGGUUCAAUCUUACAUUUAAAACCAAUGCAUAUGAUCACGUCUUUUGUUCAAUAUUUGUUGUUGAGUCCUUCAUAUGUGAACGUGUUGAACAUUUAUGCUUUCUGUAACUUACAUGAUAUAAGUUGGGGUACAAAAGGUGCUACAGCUGAGAGCUUAGGUGAUGCUAAGAUUACUGAGGAUGGUAAAGUUGAAUUCAUUGAUGCACCAAUAACCACUGAUGAGAUUAAUAAUUUGUAUGAAAGACAGAUGGACAUUUUGGCACAUGUCGCAAAGCCAAAACCUGCCGAAGAGAAAAAGAAGGAUUAUUAUGCAUUCAUUAGGUCAAUGGUCGUUUUAACAUGGAUUACUACUAAUUUUGUCAUCAUUGCAUUAGUGUUAGAAACUGGGGGUGUGAAUCAACUUUCUAGUUCCUCAACAACAGAUGCAAAUGAUGCUAUAAGUAAUAGAUCAGAAAUAUUCCUAACGGUGAUAUUAUGGAUUGUGGCAUUCAUGGCAGCAUUUAGGCUGCUAGGAACCAUCUAUUAUUUGAUAAAUAGACUAAUUAAAUAG